ACCUGCUAAAGCAAAUGGUCUAAGUGGCCUACAAGGAAAAAAUCAAAAUAAUUAUUUAUAUUAAAGUUAUCGCAGAGUGAAAAAGUGAAAUAUGACGGAAGAGUUUAGUGAUAAGUGUGAAAUACAGGAAAAUCCAGAAAUUGGCAGAUAUGUUAGGGCUGCGGACAACAUUAAGGCCGGUGAAACUUUGUUGCUGGAAAAACCUGUAUUAAUUUUAGCCACUGCAGGCGAAAAACGUUGCUGUAAUUGUUUUAAAUAUGCUCAAAAAUAUUGUGGUAAAUGUCACCUAUCACCCUUAUGUUUGGAUUGUACACAACACAGCGAAUUUGAUUGUAACACCCUGGCAGCCAUGACCGAACUAAAACAUGAAGAAUUAAAAAAAUUUCCCGAUUGCUAUGGCAUCAUCAAGUGUCUCUUGCUAUCGGAAAAUCCCGAGGGUAAAGAAGAUUUCAGUAAAAUUCUGCAAUUAAUGUCACAUCUGGAGAAGCGACGCAAGUCUGCCAUCUGGCAAGAACGCAAUAAGCAAAUUGUACAACCGAUUUUAAAGUCAAAUUUAAAGAAUUACUUUCAAUUGGGAUGCAAAUUGGAUGAGGAAUUUCUACAACAUUUAUGUGGCGUACUGGAUGUGAAUACCUAUGAGAUUAGAGCUCCGGAUGUCGCCUCAAUGAGUGGAUUGUACUUGAAAGGUUCACUAUUGGCUCAUCAAUGCUGUCCCAAUGCAAAUGUUGCCAUAGAUGAUUUGUAUCGUAUAAAGAUUUAUGCUAAUCGUGAUAUUGACAAGGAGGAAAUGGUGACAAAUUGUUAUACAAAUGUUUUAUUGGGCACCGAUGAAAGACGUCACAUUCUACAAGAAGGCAAAUAUUUUCUCUGCAAUUGUCCGCGCUGUGCCGAUCCCACCGAAUUAGGCUCCCACAUGAGCAGUUUCAUUUGUGCUCCCUGUGCUGGCAACAAUAAAGAGGGUUACAUUGUCAAACAGGUGACCAACAAAAAAUGGCAAUGUUCAACCUGUACACAUAGUCUGCGCAGCGAGCAAGUGGAAACGAUUAUAGACAAGGCCAAGGAGGAAGUAUUUCAUGCCCAAGAUGAUCUACGGCGUUUCGAAAUACUAUUGGCCAAACUUAGUACCAUUUUGCAUAAGAAUCACUAUAUUAUGGUGGAUAUAAAACAAAAUAUUGCCAAUAUAUUGCGUACCGUUAUUAUGAAUAGUCUGCAAAGACCGGGUCGUCGGGUAUACGAGCGGAAAGUACGUUUGUGUCAGGAAUUGGUCAUGGUGUUGCAGAUUAUACAGCCGGGUAUAUCUAGACUUAAAGCGAUUGCUUUGUAUGAGUUGGCAAAUGCUUCGGCUGAGUUGUAUCGUUUGCGUUUUGGUGAAAAAGAGCUGACCGAAGAGGAAUUGCAGCGCUACUUGAGACAGUGUGAAGCAAUGUUUAAGGAAUCCAUACGCAUGUUGCUUUAUGAACCGCCACAGACCCCGGAGGGUGAAUUGAUGAAGAGUAUGAUGGGCCAGUUGAAGGAUUUGAAGAAUGACAUACAAAUGUUGGAGAAGUCGGUGGAGGUGAAGGUUUAAUAUUGUUGAAAUUUGUAAGGAAAUAAAGAAAUGCAUUACAUUUU